AUGCUGCUCCGGCUGCUGUACCCGACAUCGGACUCCUACGAUGACAUCUCCUCGCUGGAGUACCUGGUCGCGCACUCGUCCUCCACCACCAGCGAGCUCUUCCCGGCCGAGCCCCAAUCACCCGGGAUCCACACCGCAUAUGGCCCGGCCCGAGUCCAGCAGGCGGCGGCCGCGGCGGCAACCUUUGCCCUCGAGCCGGAAUCCGACGCGUCGCGCUGGCGCUGUGCCGUCAUCUCGGCCGUGGUCAUCGGGCCGGAUGUCUUGCUGAAUCCGGCGGCCACCCCCCGGUCUGGCGGCGGCGGCGGCGGCGGCGGCGGCGGCGGCGGCGGCAGCACCUCACCGACCCUCAUCCGGCACCGGUCCCGGGCAUCCUCCAUUUGCAGUGACUCAAGUGGGCGGUCUUUGGCCACCCCGACCCCGGGCCCCGGGUCACCGGUCCCUGGGAUGGCCGGAUCCCCGCGCGCCGACCCGCUGCCGGACCUGGGCCCCCCGCUGCAGUCACCGCACCAGCACCACCACCUGCAGGCACAUCAAUUGCUGUUAUCGCCCACUUCGCCGGGGCCAGGGGCCGUGGCCGCUGCCGGGGGCCGUCGGGCCUCCUCGGCCUCCGGCCGCUCGGUCGGCUCGGCUCGCAGCCCUCUCGGUGGGUCUCGGGACUGGGGCCUUGCCAGCGAUCCGGCGGCCCGGGCAAAGCCCCGUCGGCAUCGGUGGAUCGCCGUGGUCAAAAUGGCCGACGGCACACAGCAGACCAUGUACCUUCGUCGGCCGGCAUGCGCACGCAUCGAGCGCCUGAUCUUGUCGCUUGCCGAGAAUGAUGACCAGCGCCGAGCGCUGGCCGCCUCCUCCGGCCGUGCUACUGGCCGGGUGCCUCAUGGCUGCCCGCCGCCGGUGACCGGCAUGGAGCAGUCCCCGCCGAGCUACCUGCACCAGCUGACCGACUUCCUGGCCAGCAUGCCGGAUAGCGGGGCCAGCAAUGGCGAGGCACAUCCCCUGGUGCGCCUUCGCCGGCAAUAUGACGCAUGCGUGGCGGCCGCCACCGGGGCCACCGACACCGACACCGACACCGACAGCAAGGCCCCGGCUUCCUCCGGGCCGGCCGCUGCCCCACUCACCAUGGACGAUGGUGCUGGUGGUAAUGUCAGCAUCAUCGGCGAUCGAUCGGCCGCGGUGGCAGGCUCCGGGCCGGUCGGCAAUGCGACUGCCCCCGCAAGUGCACCUGUCCCGGCGCCAUCCGGGCGCGACGAGCACCGCCGCACUCAGCCGGCGGUCCUGAGCAAAUUCGGCCGGCUCUUUGGCAUCCUGACCACCGAUCCCGGGAGCGAAAGUGACGACGACCAGAUCCCCACCUCGGUGGCAGCGGCCCCCUCCCCGGCAGCGGCCACCACUCGGCCAGCCCAAACCCUGCGCGACAUCCAAGCCGCCAAUGCCGCCACCGCGCGGCGUCUACUCCAAAGCCUGUCGCCCUUCCAUCUGUCCACCGAGCCGGCUACCCUGCUGGAUCCCGACUGGCAGCUGGUCGAAAGGGACCAGGACUCGGUGCCCUUCCUGCCGGCGUCCCAGGCACCCGGGCAAUCACUGCGCCUGGCCCAAAAUGAGCUCCUGGACUUGACCAUGGCACAUGUGGUAUCGGGCUUGCGUCUGCCACAGACGCAUUCCCUGUGGCUGGCACAGUCAACCAGCCGGCGAAUCAGCCAGCAAGCCCGGCGUCUGAACCAGUCGGUGGCCACGGCACAGACGCGUGUCGGUCGCCUGGAACGCCGGUUGCGCCUCCUGCGCGGGGCCUUUGUUCGGGUGAUCAUCGGCUGCUGCUCGUCCACGGCCUUCCUCGGGGCCGGGAAGCCCUGUCCAUACCGGCCGUCGCGGUACUUCUCCCGGCGGGGUGCUGGCGCUGGGGCCGGGCGCCGGCGAUCCAUCGAGGCCAUCCUGCAAUCAUCGCAGCAGGCCAAUGCCACAGCGCAUGCUGGCGGCGCCGGCCGGCCGCGCACCGCCCGGCGCGAAUCCAUCCUGGACUCCACCGAGCUGGCCGAGCGAAAUGCCUGCACCCGGGGCCCGGCCCUGCGUGGGGCGCCCAUGGGGCUGCUUUUUGCCAUGUUGAGCCGCCGGUCGACCGCUGGCACAUCGCCGCGUCUGGUUGAUCUGGCUGGCGGCCAGCCGAAUGACCUGCUGGUGGAUGCCGGGACCUCCUUGGACACCGACAUCGACGAGCUGAACACCCUGUUGGAAGCGGCACAGGGCGUGGUCGACGGCCUGCGCGACCGGUCGGCCCCCAUCAGCACCGGGCCCGGGCGAAGUGCCAUCCCCUCCCCGGGCUCGCGCUCUGGACGGAUCCGGCCCGGCCGCGGAACGGUCUCCGAGGCAACCACCCUGACUCCGGCCCAGGCCUGGUGGCUGCAUUGUCUGUGCGACUGCAUCACGCUCACGCUGUCGGCCAAGAUCGACGGCCCGGCCCUGGUGUCGAGCCUGAGCCUGGAUGAGGAGGACUUCAUGGCCCCGGGGCGCGAUGGGGAGACCGUGUGCUCGCGCGAGGCGGCGCACCUACUGUCGCUGGCUCGCCUGAAGCGGGACCUCAUCUUCCGGGCGAUUCUCGUGUAUCAGGAGGCUCGAGCGGCCAUUCGGACGGAGCUCCGCCGCCGGGCGACUCCCGGUGCCGCUGGCACCAGUCCCCUGGGCGGGGUGGGUGCUGGCCUCGGCCCUGGCUCCGGCUCCGGCUCCGGCUCCGGCUCCGGUUCGGGCCCCCCCUCACCACGGCGCUUGUCCCCGGCGGGGGGGCCCACCGCCGGGAGGCGCCCGGCAGCCAAUGACACCAAGCUCAUCGCCUCGCCACAGAGGUCGCCUCAACAGCCCUAUCAGUCGCAGGGCUCGCAGACGUCCCAGCCGUCACAGCAGUCCCCCUUGUGGAGCAUGUUCUUCGAUCGUCGAAGUGGUGGGUCCACCACCACCAUCAGCAACAGCGGCAGCAACAACGGCAGUGGCAGCUCGACGCCCUCCGCGGCAUCCUCUCCCGCACUCCUGCCCGAUGCGCCAUCGGCGCUGGUCGCUGGUGGGGCCCCGUCGGAUCGCGGGCUCACGCCUGUGCCCAGCCUCAAGAAGACCCUCUCCGGCUUGCAACUUUUCUCCUCUUCACAACCGCCGCCGCCGCCGCCGCCGCCGCCGCAGCCGGGCGCCAGCGGGUCGCUCAAUCUCCUGGCCAAGUCCCCGCCGGCCACCUCGACCAACCUGCUGCCCUUGAGUGCGAGCACCCGGCUGGCCAUGGGAGGCGGCGCCUCGGCCGGCCCCACGCCACCAGGCUCGUCGCUCGGCUCGCCGGCUGGAAUGUCCCCUGCACUGGGCGGGACUCCGAUGCCGGUGGCCGGCCAAGUGGUCCCCUUUUCCCUCCCCCAAAAGUCCCCCCCCUCAACCAGCGCCUCGCUUCUGAUCUUUUCCGGUCACCCCGCCUCGGGGAAUGAUCCCCUGUCGCCGAGCCAGGGCCAAGCUUCGAACCCCCCUGCGGCGACAUCGGCACCGGCUCUGGUUUGCCCGCCGGAGGAAUCGCUUCUCGCCGCGGCCUUGACCCUGCCGUGGGACCCUCCAGCGGAGAUGGAGGCCUCCCCCUUGCCUGGCUCGCAGCUCCCGCCACCGGCCUACCUGGGCACCCAAUCCUCCCCGGCCUCUUCGUCCGGCUCGUCCGGCUCUUCGAGCUCGAGCUCGAGCUUCGACUUUGAUCUGUUGCGCCUGCUUCGUCGGCAUCCAGCCCCGAAUUUGUCCACCGUGCAGGAGUCCCCUCAUGAGGUGGACCCCUUGGCCGGGGGGGCCAAUGUCACGCGGUCGAUGGGCAUCCCCACCCCCGGGGGGGGAGCCUCGCUGACCGGGUCGCCGCUUCUGGAUGCCGCCCUGUCCAGCUCGCUCUCGGCCACACUGGCGGCACGACCCCCGGCACCCGACUUGCCCACCCUGUCAUCCUCCCUGCCGACAGCCAUGUCACCGUCCUUUGUGCAGAUUACGGCCGCGGCGGCGACCUCCCCCCCGGUUGAGGGGGAAUCCGGGGCCGACCUGGCCGACCUGCCGGAUCAACUGGCUCAGGCCGAAGUUUUCCACCCACUGGUGGAUGACAUCUUUGUGCGCUUUGUCACCUACCGGGAAGAGCUCCUGCGCACACGCAAGGCUGUCAACAAUUUGCGCACCUCACUGGCCACCAUGGCCACCAUGGCCACCGAGAUCAGCGGCGCCUUCGAGAGCCUGGAAGACGAAACCGAUGUCGCCCGGAAUCAGCUCGUGGCGCGCCAGCUCCAGCGCAUUUCCUCCUCGGCCUCCUCACUUUCCGCUCCCGAGCCUGGGCCGUCUUCCGGCGAACGGGCACCGGCCUUCGUCACGGGGGCCACGCCCUCGACUCCGCCGCGACCCGGGGGCGGCACUGUCGACUGGGACCCGGCGCUGGAUGAGUCGCGCUCCGGCACUUCAGUAUCGGCCACUGGCAGCCCGCCAUUGCCCUCCAGUUCGACGGGCCUGGCGGCCUCGCCGGCCACCGGCGCCACCCCUUCGUGCGAUCCUGUGCGCUCGACCGACGAGAAGUUCUCCCCGAUCAAGCUCCAUCGCGGGGUGACCCUGGCCCCGCUCGAUCCGUAUGCCCUGCUGAGUGUGCGCGCCCCGCAACUGAUGAACCAGGUUACCAUCGCCGCCAUUGCCAAGGCCCCGGACUCGGUGCUGUUGGCCGGGCGAAGCAAGCCCCCAAUUCAGGGACCGCCGCCGACAUCCAAGGCAGAAGCUGGCGUGCCUCCUUCCCCGAGACCCGAGGGCGUGGCAACGCCCCCCAAGUCGGGGGACCUGCCCCCGUCCCAAGUGCCCCGGGUGGAUCAUGCCCUCGCGCCGGCUGCCCAAACCCCCUCGCCGCCUCUCAUGGCCGGCCGGGUGCUGGACUCGGCGUCCGGACGCCUGGCGCACAUUCCCGCGCCACUCGCCGCAGUGCGAGGCUCUCCCUCCCCCCCGGCAAUGGGAUCACCCUCGGAGCCUCUGCCCGGGCAUCGGUCACAGGACCCCGCCCCCACCUCGGCUGCCUCAUAA